GUAAUUUAGGUUAUGUUUGUUAUUUGUCGUCUUAGUUUAGUUGUUUAGAAUUUGGUUUGAUUAUUAUAGUGAUUGAAUGCAACUGAGGAAAGAAAGAUGGAAGUCGAAGUUCGAAUACAUUAUUUUAGUUCACAUAUGUUGUUAAUUAUUUAAUGUAAAGUAUUACUUAUAUUUUGUAAUGAUGUAGCGGUUAAAGCUAAACACCCCAGGAGGAACAAUCAUGGAUAUCCUUCAUCCAAUCAAGGUCAUUUGGGACUGUAGUGUCAGCAAUGUAAUGUUCCCAGUAUUGGCUGGUAUAUCACUGGUUAUUUUGACAACACACCUCUACCAACACUUCAAGGCAGAGACUCAUGUUCCUAUCAGAGACACCAAGCGGCAUAAUUGGAAAAGCUCACAACUUGUCGGCGAGGCAACUCACUGUAGUAUCUGUGGAAAUCUUCUAAACACCCGAGGAUACUAUUGUGAUAGUUGUGGUGUAGCCGCUGACCCUACUUGCUUGAAAAAUGCUGACAAAACUCUCAAAUGUAAGAGUCUCUCGAUUAAGGAGAAACCCAUGAAACACCACUGGAUUAAAGGUAAUCUGCCUGCUCAUGAAGUGCUGUGCCAUGUCUGCAUGGAGCCGUGUGAAGAGGUCGGACUCAUGGAUUGGCAAUGCUGCUGGUGUCAGACUACAGUCCACUCACACUGUAUGUCCAAGAUGGCACAGAUUUGCGACCUCGGUAGAUUCCGGUUGUUGAUUGUGCCACCAUACUGUGUUGAAGUGACCUCACACCGUACCAGCAUCAGUCACAGACUCCUGCUCUCCAGCAUUACGUCACCCGGCUGGACGGACUGGUCCCCUGUCAUCGUCGUUGCCAACUGCAAGUCGGGAAGCAAUGAUGGAGACCUAGUACUGUCAUGUUUUCGCCGACUGUUGAACCCAGCUCAAGUUGUUGAUCUUUCAAGGUGGCCACCGCAGGCUGCCCUGGAGUGGUGUCAGCUGCUCGGACCCUCGCUGUCUCGCCCUGCUGUUGUGCUGGUUGCAGGGGGCGAUGGGACGGUGGGAUGGGUUCUUAAUGCUAUACACAAGCUUAAACUGAAGAUGGAACCAGUGGUGGGAAUCGUUCCCCUAGGAACCGGGAAUGAUCUGAGUAGAGUUCUAGGGUGGGGGAGUGAACACAGUGUUGACACUACUGGUGAUCAGAUACUUGAGAACAUCUUGCGAGCUCGUACAGUCAAACUUGACAGAUGGCAAGUGGAUAUAAGUCCUUACAACCCAUUGUACAGGAGUCAUAAGCAACUCUUGAUGUACAACUAUCUCAGCAUAGGCGUGGAUGCUCAGGUCACCCUCGACUUCCAUCGAACUAGGGAGUCGCCUUUCUAUCUCUUCAGCAGUCGUAUUUUCAACAAGAUGCUCUACCUGACCUUCGGCACCCAGCAGGUGGUGGAACGCAGGUGUCAGAACUUGCAGGACCAGCUGGAGCUAUAUCUGGAUGGGGAACGGCAACAGUUGCCAGAUAUAGAAAGUGUGGUGGUACUCAACAUUCCCUCUUGGGGUGCUGGCGUGGACCUCUGGUCCCUCCUCAGACAAGAAAUUCCAGAACUGCCGGAGCAGAGUUUUAGUGAUGGUAAGCUGGAGGUAGUUGCUGUUUAUUCGUCAUUCCACAUAGCCCAGUUGCAGGUGGGACUAUCGACACCUCACUAUAUCGGUCAGGCUUCUUCUGUCAAGAUAAAACUAAAACAGAAGAUGGCGAUGCAGGUGGAUGGAGAACCUUGGGACCAACAAGGAGCGGAAAUUAACGUCAGCUUUGUAAACCAAGCUUCGGUCCUAAAGUUGGAAAGAUCUCAAGACUCUUUGGACUGAGUAUUUGAAACAAUGUUUGCUCUUUCACCCAAUUGAUGAUCUGUUGGGGAGUCUCAUACAACGAAUGUUCCUCAGAUAUACAUUACCUUGUCAUACAAUAGUAUUGUAUUACUUAUCUUUGUACUUAUUGAUUUUUUACAAUUGAACAUUUAUAUUUUAAUAUUGUUAUUUGUUUUUUGUUUAGUAAGCUAAUAAGUUCAUACUGUUGAAUUUUCAUUUUAUUUCAAUAAAAAGUAUUGUUUUCAAAUACUAUAGAAUUUAAGAAAAGGUUAAUAUCUUUAAAUCUGCAUUUUGUGAUCUGUCUCAUGUUUGAACUUUUAAGUUAUUUCGAAGAGGUUUAAAUUAAUUUUUAUAUUUGUUAUUUUUUUAGUGGUUUUUAUUACCUACUUACUAUUUAUUUUUGUAAUUGAUGGUUAGAACGUUUAAAAAAGUUUUGUGAAAAGAAUGGUAAAAUACACUGAUGUAUGGUUCUGAGCAUAACUUUCUUACUUUAAAAAUACUAAUUAAGUUUUAUUCUCUAGAAUCUAGUUUUGAUGUUAUAAAAUCAUUGUUAGUCUGUAAUUCUAUCUUCUUUUUCGUUUUUGUAAAUCAUGUUUUUUUAAUUUAAACCUUUUGAGUGCCAAGGUGACGAUUUCUCAUCACCAGAAUUUGGUCCAAGAAAUGUUACCGUAGUGAUUUGUCGUUACCAUUUCGUGCGUGUUGUAAUGUUCAUCACUGCUUUUUUAAUAUUGUAUACUGUUGACUGUUGGUGGUUUGUUGAACAUUGAUUCAGCUGAUAGUCAUUCUAAACCAAUUUCAUACUCAAUUACUGUUGAAAUCAACUUCAGCUGUGAAAAUAAAUAGCUGACUAGGUCAUUGUCUAUGAAUUGUUUCUUCUGAUGUUUAUUUUCUUUUUGUGACCCUAAUUUCUAAUACUUUUACUACAAAUUCUUAGUUUAUUCUUUGUUUGAAGUUUGUUUUUGACGAUGGAAGGAUUGUGAAGGAAACAGAAUUUUUCUGGACAUUUGUCAAUGUUUAGAAAAAUCCUGAAUCCUUUUUAUUUUAGUUAGAAAAUAAGGAUUAGUGAUUCUUAACCCUUGAUAUGGCAGUUGAAAUUCUUAUAAUAGAAGGCACUAUUUUGCUAGUUUUGCACACCUUCAUUCAAACCUAUGCAGAAUGUUUAUUAUUGAAGUAAGGUAUACACUAUUCCAUAUUUAAUUUUUCAGUACGAAACAAGGAAUAUUUAUAUGCACUUGGAUUAAUUUUUAAAUUUCAAUUUAGGUUUUUGUGUUUUAUUAUAAGUGAAAAAAAUAGAACAACAAUGUCCAUAAGUAAAGCCUUAUAAAUAAUAGAAUUUUUUUUAUUACCUUUAAAAAUAUACAAAAUGUUAAAAAAAAGGUUUUUUUAUGCAACACAUUCAAAAAAUCCACUUUCCAAAAAUGUUUUUGGCAAAUAUUGUGAAAUGUUGUGUUAUUACAAAAAAUGACUUUAACAUUUUUAGAUAUUUCCUGUAUGCUUAUUAAAUUUUGAGAACUUUUCUAUGUUGUAGAGCAUAACAUUUCUGAGGAUAAAAAUAUAUUUUUCGUUAUUUAUAGGUUUGUAUGUAAAAAUGUUUGUUGCAAACCCUAAGAAGUGUUUUUUCAAGAAAUAAAAGUUGUAAAACACACAAUAUACCGUCAGAAAAUGUUUUAAAUAAAGUAAAUUUAUUAUAAUAAAAUCUCAUUGUCUUAAUAAUAAUUUUCUAAGUUCAUCUGGCUUAUUUACUAGGUAACUUUUAGUGUUCCAAUAAAUAAAAAAAUAAUGAAAUAAACCGUAUUUGUAAUCUAGGCUUAGGCCUAAGUAUAAUGAUUUUUUUAUCACAAUUUCAGCCUAUAGACCUGUGAAUAUCAUUCAAUUGUCGUCCAACAAAUGAAUCACAAAUAAAACCAUUGUUUACCAUAUAGUUAAAAUAUAGAUAAAAGCUUAGAAUUCACAAAUAAAAGUUUAGUAAGUAAAAAUUAGUAAGGCCGGUGCAUCACUAUGACGGCCAUAGUUCUCUCGAAAUUAUAAAGUUUGUUCACAAAAUAAACAAUAAUUUACAGAUUUCUUGAAGAUAUCUAAACCACUUGAUGGAAAGUUUCACAAGGAAAAGUUUGAUGUCUUUUGAUACUAACACCACUCUAAUAAUAUUAUGAGAAAUAACAAAAUAAUAACAUCUAACAUUAAAGAAAUGUCACAAAGGUUGCAUUGAAGAUCUUUCUUCGCGUCAUGUAGCAAUGAAAAUAUGUUUGAAGCAGAGGAACUUGAUGAGAAGGAAAUUCUGAACGCAGUGAUGUAGCCAAACUCAUUCCUAAACAAACUUUCCCGCAGCAAAAGUAUAGGGAGAGAGUCCCCGUUUCUUUGCGUUCACGACCAGACUCGGUAAACCAACAUUUGUUUUGCAACUUUAUAAUUUCAGUGCAUACUUAUUACUAUUCAAUAAACUAUAUAUCAAAUUAAUCUGUGAAAUAUCCUGAUUAAUUUGAUAUAAUAUUUGUCCUACUUUAGUGUUAUUUUCUAUAGCAAAAGUUUGAUUUAAAAGAUAACUGUAAAAUCGACUAGUGAUUAGUCGUUCAACAUUGUAGAAACAUUUUUUUAGCAACUAGUCACUAGUUGGCUAACAGAUGGAGUGUUGUUAAGUGUUUUUUUUGCACGUUUUUGUCAUAAUGGCUGUAUAAAAUCUCCACUUAAAUAAUAAAUAAGGGUUUUUAAGUCAUUUUGUUACAUGUUUUAAACAUUUUUAUUUCUUCUCAUUACAUUUUUUAGAUUUAUGAAAACACAAUUCCUACAGUAAAAUAUGUUUAGUUUAUUAGGCAAAAAGUAUUAUUUACAAAACUUCAAACAGGGUUUCUUAUUAAUUUUAUAUACUAUACCCAUUUUGUGAUUUUCUCAUUUUUCAUAAAAAGGCAUAUAGCCAAUAAGAAACUGAACAUUUUGACACCUAAUAUGUUAAGUUGCUAUUUGUUAUUGUUUGUUAGUUGUAUUGUAUUUAUUUAUACAUGUUUUGAAAGUACUGCAAAGUACCUGGUUUUACCUCUGAUACUUUAUGGCAUGGAAAUAUACAGUUUAUAUAUACAUAUAAACUGAAACAAUUGAGACAGAGAUUGGUUUUUUCAUUGGAACUAGUCAAAAACACAAAUGGAUUUGUUAAGGGAAUAUAUCUUUUCUCUAGUAUUCUAAUAAACCCAGAGACUAUUAAGAACAAAUUUAGGGUUUUCCCAAUUCAAUCAAUGUAUUGUUCACUCAACAUGAAUGGUGUUUAGUUGUGUUGAUUUAUUGUUUAUUUAUUCUUAAUUAAACUAUAAUUAUUAGCCAAGUUUGUACUUUUUUGGAUACUUCUCUCAAUAGUUGCUACAUUAUAACUGUAUACAGGUUGUGUCUGAACCCGUAAGAUCAUCUUGUACUCCACAUUAUAGAGCUCCAUAUACAAUAUUUACAAAACAUAAUUUCUUUACUUUUAGUUGUACAGAAUUGAUUUUGAUAAUAAAAUAUUAUCUAAUUAAGUUAAAAAAAAUGUAGGAAUAUUUUCCCAUUAAAAGAGAACAUAAGCAUAUAAGAAUUACAUUCUCCGCAUUGCAAUUACAUUCAUAGUAUUCUCUUUUGAUAGUUUACUGUAGUUUUUAAUAACAAAAAUAUUUAAUUUUUAUAAAUUUUGUACUAUUUUAUAUUUUGUCUAGAUUUGUUUGGAUGAAAUUUUAAAUGAAAGUAAAUCCUACAUUAAGGUUUGGAAUGAUCAUUCAUUAUCCUCAUGAUAUUAGUUAAAAAGUUUUAACAAAUUGACAAUAUUUUUUGAUUUGCCUCAUUUUGGGAAGGGAGUCAAAAUUGCCCCACUCAUCCUACAGAAUAAAUUUAGAUCCUAGUAAUAUUCACUGAAAUACAAGAUUUUAUCCUAACACAUUCGUAGCUUACGAGGGGGUUGGAGUUUGUAGAUACCCAGUAAAAUAUAAUUGAUACAAAGUGUCCAGAUAGUAAUCUUUUGUUUAUAAACUAUAAAAAUAAAACAAAUUAUAUUGAAUAGAUAAUAAAAUGUUUAAAACUUCUCAUUUUUUAUGUACACAAGUGUAACCAGUGUACACAUGCACUUGCACUGGUAAUCUAGUCUCUUGCUAUUAAUAAUUAUAAUUAGUUUUAAUCAAUCAUAGACAUUGGCGUAUCUAGGUAUUGACUCUAGGUGAGCCCAAAAUACAGCCCUUUAUCAUAUUCAAUGCUGUAAUAUAAAGAUAACCGUCUAAUGUGGAGUUAAUAAGAUAAAUUAUUCAUUCAAAUUUUUAUACUUUUACUAUGUGUUACAUGUAUAGGUUCCGAAGAUCUAAGAAUUCUUGGAUUUAAAUGCAUUGAAGGCUUAUCAAGCAAACAGAAAAUGGAUUUUUAAAUAAAUUUAAAACUAACGCUAGUGUUAUGUUUAUAGACUAAGCCAACAGAGGAGUUAGUUGCCACUUUCUUGGUGCUUAGCACACUCUUACCAUUGUCCUGUAAUUGUUUUGUGGUGUAUUUGUUAUUGUUACAUUUAAAUAUUUUUUAUAUUGUUUUAUCAACUAAGGUAAGAAACUUCUUUAGUUUUCCUAUACUUCUGAGUCCAAUUUCUUCAAACAUUGUAUUAUUAGAGUUAACAUACACCAAAAAAUCAGCUUAGCUUCCAGAUGAUAAACAAUGUAUGUAUAUACUAAUGUAGUUAAUAAAUGUUGCAUAUUUAGCAUUGAUUUUAGAUCACCGUUAUAGUUUUACUUAUUAGAAAAACUACUGUAUUUCAUAUUUUGUUGCUAUAAGGUGUGUUUUUUAAACCAAGUACCAUCUUGAUAUAUAUAUAUAAAAAGAAGUAAACGUUUUUUAACAAUUGUACUUUACAAGAAAACCCACACUUUUAUACAUUUCCACAAAAUUUCCAUCAAAGGCACUUAUUACAUUGAAAAGCAACUAUUUUCAUACCGUUGUCAUAAAAGAUUGCUGUCUGAUUUAAGAGUGGCUGUAACAAAAUAGUGCUGACCUUCAUGCUACUUUUUCAGUUUAAAAUCACAGGUAAUCACUGGACACCAGAUUGGAUCUCAAUGGAGGAUAAUCAAAUUGUUCCCAGCCAAAUGUCAUGAUCAGAUCUUCAGCUUGUUUUGUGGCAUAUGACAGGGAUUAUCAUGCAGAAAAAGUAUCCUUUUCUUUGAUGGUUAAAUGUUAAAAGAAGUUCACAGAGAAAAUUUCUUGGGAUUCGAGGAAACUCACCUGAUAAAAGUGUUUUCACUUUAUCAUUCACUAAAUAUGCACAAAAUUGUAUCUUUUUAUGUAUUUGCAUGCCAUUCCAUCACUCACAAUGGUUUGUCUCUACACUUCACAAUUCUGACGGUGUUUCUCUUGCCUUUAGUACUAAGAGAACAAAUAACAGUGCAUAUUUCACAGUCUGUGGGAUUCUCAAUUGACAGAGGCAUUUUAAAUACGCAUAAACAGAUGUAAACACAACUAGCCUUAAUGGCACCAGGGGCCAAAGUAUGGAGGUGUAUUAGGCUGUGCUGUUCUGACACCAACUCGAGCUCUACGGCAGCAGAAUUUUAAAAUGGUGCUGACUUAAAAAACAUGCUUAAGUAAUAUUCUUAAUAGAAUUACUUUUGUAUGAAAUGGAAAACACCAAAUGUUUGUGUAACAUUCAAUUCUUUUACAUUUUGAGACUAUAAUUAUGGGAAAUCUGUUGAAUUUUAGUCCUCUCACAAGUUGCAUGUCUUAAAACAUGCUGGAGAAUGUCAAUUCUGUGCACAUUUGCUGAGUUUCUGUGUUGAGUUGUGUGUCAUAUGUAAUUGCAUAUUCGUCAAACCCAACUCUGCAUCUAGAUAAAUGCUUUAAUAGCGUUUCCUAUCCAAAAAAUAUCUCCAAGUAAAUCCCAUGUUUUGUUUGUUUAUCAUAAAUUUUAAUCUGUAUAAUUAUACAAAAAUUAACAAAUUCAGCUAUAAUUUUUUUCUUUUUAUAAUAAGUUUAGGAAUUUUAAUUCAUAUAGAAAUUUAAGGAAUUAAAGAUAUUUGUAUGCUAAUUACACGCUGUUGAUAAAUUUAUGUUCACUGCUCUAAGGAUUAGAAAAAUAUGAGUAGAUAUAAUAAACCUGUAAUUGAAAGUUAAGUAUGUAAUUAUAACAAUCAUGACAAUGGUAAUGCCGUUUUAAAAUCUGUCUAAAGAUCCACAAUAGUGUGCUAGUACAUUUUAAAGGGUUUGAUUUGAGUAAUCAUUUUAAAUGUGACUUAAAAGAUAAAGUGAUCUCAUUUUGGUUUCUGAAAUAGUUUUUUUUUUCUGUUGCAGUAAUUCCACACAAUUGAUAACCUAGUGAGUUUGAUAUUUUCAAUUUAUAUUCGAUUCAGUAAUGUUUGGCUUAACGUUGAAUUUUAAGACAAGGUUAUCUGUAGUGUUUGUAAAAUUCAUCGGCUUUUCGAAUAUACAACCAAAAUGUUUAGCAUGAAAUAUGGCCCGUACAAUGAUUAAAAACAUUACUGUAUUUAAAAACUCCUUGCAUUUAAUUUUUUGAAUGUUUUAAAAUAGAUUUUUAAAUAAACAGUUAAAAUUGUUAUUUGUUACACAUUAUUAACACUUUUUCGAUGAUAUAUACCCAUCAGUGGGAUCAUGCAACAUUGUUUUUCUAAUACCAUCUAAAUUAUUAUUUAACACAGAGUUUAAUAUUUAUAAAAGUGUUUACAGUUAAUUACUAUUAAUAACUCAAAGACAUUAACUUUCAAUAAAAGUAAUAUUGGCUGAACAUUAUAGAGAGCAAAUAUGUAGGCUUAUAAAAAGGCUGUUACAAAUCUUUAGAACUACUUUUAAAUAACCAUAAUUGUGAGUGUUGCAAACAUGUGACAUAUGUGUUGAAGAUGGAGCUUUUAUUGGCUUUUCCUAGUUCAAUUAUUACAUUGAAAACACACAAACCAAUACUUAUAACUUUUUAUUUGUGAGGCCGUUCUAUAGAAAGGCUAUCUUCUUCAGACACAGCACAAAAGUUAUAUGUUGAUGUCGAUUUUUUACUAAAACUAUGUAAACAUUUUACAAUUCGUUGCACAUCAGGUAAUUUAAUCUUUAAUGUAGACGCCAUUAAAAUUGCUUUCCUAUUUUCUAAAUAGAAUUUAUCUUUCUGAUUACUUCUAUAACAGUGUUGAUCAUUAAGACCCAUUUUGAUUUUAAAACAUCUGGUAAACAGAUAUACCUCUUUUCCCACAUUUUAUUAAUGUGUGGAACAAUGGUUGUUUCCACUGAAAUUGUUAGUUUCUAGGAAUUAACUUCAACUAUGCACUGUCUUGGACCAACUUUUUAGUGGUUACUGUUACUAACUUUGGCGUGUAAUGUAAUUUCUUACUUAACACCAAAUUGUUAUAAUUUUGUUUGUUUACAAAUUAAGUAAAUUAUGAUCUGUGCUGAUGAUGAAUGCUUGUCUGGUAGUUAUAAAAUCUAGUCCUACAUGAACAUAGUUUAAAAACUUAAGUAAUGUCUUUAAAUAAAUUUUAUGUUAUUUUCUAAA